AUGACCUUGACGGAGAAGCUUCCAUGUGGCCUGAACAGUAAGAAGCAAGGGGAGGGAGAUUGCAAUGAAGCACCGUUCCACACUCCAGACCCCAAACAUCCAGGCCUGAGGUCCAACAAGCACCCAAGGGAUGACAAAAAGAAGAAACGGAGCCCUAAGCCCUGCCUGACCCAACAGGCACAGGCCCCAGGCACACUACGUAGAGUCCCUGUGCCCACCAGUCACAGUGGUUCCCUGGCCCUGGGACUCCCUCAUCUCCCAUCACCCAAGCAACAAGCCAAGUUCAAAAGAACGGGCAAGGAGAAAUGCGGACUGGUUCUGGCUGGAGGUGGGGGCAGCUCUGCAGGCACACCCCCGCAACACUCCUUCCUGACCGAGGUGACCGAUGUCUAUGAGAUGGAGGGGGGACUGCUGAACCUGCUCAAUGACUUUCACUCAGGCCGCCUGCAAGCCUUUGGGAAGGAAUGCUCCUUCGAGCAGCUGGAACACGCGCGGGAGAUGCAGGAGAAGUUGGCCAGACUGCACUUCAGCCUGGAUGUGUGCGGGGAAGAGGAAGAUGAGGAAGAGGAAGAAGACGGCGUUUUGGAGGGCUUGCCUGAGGAGCAGAAGACGAUGAUAGCUGACCGCAACCUGGACCAGCUGCUCAGCAAUCUAGAAGAUCUUAGCAAUUCCAUACAGAAACUGCACCUGGCAGAGAAUGCCGAGCCUGAGGAGCAGCCAGCGGCGUAGGUGUCGCCUAGUCUGCUUCUUUUCUUCCCUUCAAACUGUGACUUUUUACGGAUUGGGGAUGGUAUUCAGCAGCCUCCCAGGUGCUAUGGGGUCAG